AUGUCCGGUCGGAGGGCACGAACGGUACCCCAAAGUCCGCUAUCGAGAGAGAUGGACUGGGCUUUAUUCGAAGUAUUUAAGCCUUACGAGACGGCACUCUCCAACCAGGCGGAGCUUCUCAGCGGUUGGCCACCUACCAGUGAUGAAUUGAGGCUGUGUCAAGGUGCCAGUCCUGUCCCGGGUGCUUUUGUUAAGUCAAGUGGCCGUACGAGCGGGUACCAGCUGGGACAGAUUAGUACGACAAGAAGCGCUGCAUAUCACGAGUCGUCGUAUGUCACAGAAGAAUGGGGUGUCAUCAAAAGACCCGAGACGCCGAUUCACGACUGGAUCGAGGGAGGCAUCGGAGUGGAAGGCGAUAGCGGCGGUUUGAUAGUCGAUGAAGAGACUCAUGAAGUCUAUGGCAUGCUUUGGGGGCGUGUUGGCGGUGCGGCUUUGACGGUCACUCUUUUUACCCCGAUCCGGGAGAUACUCCAGGACAUUAUCGACACGACUGGUCACGUAGUGGAGUUCGUCGCCAGACAGGUGAUGCAUACUUCGAUGGAUACCGUAGCUGCUAUCCCGGUGCCAGAUCUCACUUCUCUGCCAAUUGACGCCCUGCUGGAGCAUGACCGCCAACACUCGACAGGUCAUUCUACGCCCACUGUCAAUAGUUACGGAGUGUACUGCCGGCUCCUCGAGAUCUACGAGCAGCCAGGCCUUUGUCAAUUCCUAAGCAAGCUGCAUCGCCCGAAGCUCAUCAAGGCUAUUAUUACCAGGCUAGGUUUCCCACCGAGGAAGUGUCUGAGACGGAUUAUUUCCAGCUCGUAG